GGCAAUCUGGAUCUGGUAGAGUUAUGUCUGGCACGCAGCGCAAGCGUGAGCACGCGCACGCAAACCCAGCAGACUCCCCUCCACAAAGCUGCCUCGAGUCACUCCGUGGCUGUGUUGCGAAGGCUCAUGGAAGCCGGGGCCGACCUCGCCGACGUGAACGCAAGUGGUAUGACGGCACUUCAUAUCGCAGCUCAUCAGAAUGACAUACAGAUGACUAGGGUUCUGGUGCUCGAAUACGGCGUCGAUGUUCUCGCCCGUGAUCGUCUGGGCUUGACGCCCGCCAUGUGGGCGGAGCGGUCGAACCAUCUGGACAUUCUGGCCUUCCUG